CUCCAUUUGUACUCUAUAUAUACACACAUGUAGUUGCACUCCGAGUGUAGAAUAGUAAAAGAGGGUGGAGCAUAGAAGAUGGAUUCGCUGUUUGUGGUUGUUGCCUUGACUCUACUCGUAAAACCUAUGGCUUCGGCAGAAGUAACGUUCAGUUAUUCGGGCUCAACCGGGCCAGACCAAUGGGCAAGUUUAAGCCCAAAUUAUACUCUUUGCUCUACCGGUAAAUCUCAAUCCCCAGUCAACCUUUUUGGCAGACUCACACCGGUUAACCCAAACCUAAAGGCAUUGGAUAUCCAAUUCAGUGAUUCAGUGAAUGCCACUUUGGUUAACAAGGGCUACCAUGUUGAGUUGAGUUACAAUGGAGGAGGAGGAGUAUUGGUGCUUAAUGGUACGAAUUACACCUUGAAUGAAAUGCAUUGGCAUGUCCCUUCCGAACACCAAUUCUUCAGAAUUCCGUGGCUAUAUUGACGUGGAAGCCUGUGGUUCGCUGGUGUCUCAACCACCAAAUCUUCAGCAUUAAAUGCACUUCCCGCCAGAAUCUAGGUUUCCCGCCUAAUUAGUGGGGACGUUCGUCCGCCCGGGGAGCGAGCUGGAUUGCUCCAGGUGGCCUCCAAGGGGUAUUGGCCGUUCGUCCCCUGGCCUUUGUGGAUUCUCACCAUGCGGACUGGACUGCCUCCGAUGGCUAGGGGCUUGCUCUGACGACGUUCGUCGUCAUUCCGGUGACCCGUGGUCCUGCUCCUUGUCCCUGCAUAGACGUUCGUCGAGAUGGGCUGUUUGAGCCUAAACCCCAACUACAGACAUUCGUCCCUCCUGGAGGAACAUGGGCUUGCCAGGCUAGCUGUGUUCUAUCUGGUCGUACAUCCGGAAGAAGGGGUAAAUGGGCCGAACCUCAACUUGGGCCAUUAACCCAACAAUGAGUAAUGACAGAUCAAUAAGGGAGGUCUCAGGUAUGGCACUAUUUAUAUGUGAGGAACAAUUUUGUAGAUGCAUCAUGCAUAUAUACGGAGUAUAAUUUUGUAGUGAAUGACGGUAGGUUUGCUGGUGAGGUUCAUCUAGGUUACUCUUCUCCCAAUAAUAGUGCUGCUCUGGUCGCAAUUAUGUUGCGGUUAGGCCGAAGUGAUCCCAUUCUUGCCAAGCUUGAAGAGGAAUUGAGUGGGCUGCCUGUGAGAUCGGCUGGUCAAAGUCCACCUGAAGUUGCUGUGGGAAAUACUACCGACAUUCAGAAUUUAUUAAGAGAGUUUACCAACACCGAUAGGUAUUACACUUACCAAGGUUCUGCAACCACGCCCCCCUGCACAGAAGGUGUUACAGACAUAGUCAUAGGAGAGUUUCGCACAAUUUCAAUCGAUCAAGUUGAAGCUCUAAAACGUCCCUUGGACAAUGGAAGCAAGAAUAAUGCACGGCCAGUGCAGCCCCUCAAUGGACGAAAAGUAGAGGCUUACCAAUCUCAAUAAUUUUGGAGCUAGAGGAUGGUUCCUUUUUUAAAGUUUGAAGCUUGAUUAAUUAUAUGAAUUAUGAAAGUUUGCUUCAAAAGAGCUUGGGAAACCUUCGGAUGAUCCGAUCCAAAGAAAAAUUUAAAUCUAACUAUUGUACGUUAUUGAAUUGUUAUCAUUACAAUCGAUUCUAAAAUGAUGUACUAUACUACUGAACAUGUACCUCACUACCACUUUUAACAUAAAUAAUUUACCGGCGUGCUAUUUGUAUAUAUGCCCCCCUUAUUAGUUA